AUGGAGGACCCGGGCCUGGCCGAGUUCCGCCGGCGCUGGCAGGAGGAGCUGGCGCAGAGGCAGGCGCUGCGGAAGCGGAGGCGGCCCGAGCAGCCCCCCUGUGGGUACCUGGCGCUGGCCCAGGGGCUCCUGGAGGGCGCGGGACGGGCCCCGGGGGAGCAGGCUGACACCGACAGCCCUGCCCGCUCGCCGCCUGCACGCGAGGCCGCCGGGGUCGAGGCCGAGGUCGAGGCCGGGACCGGGGAGCCGCUGGUGGAGCAGCUUAUCAGGGACCUGAAUGAGAUGGAUGAGGUGCCCUUCUUCGACAUCCAGCUGCCCUACGAGCUGGCCAUCAACAUCUUUCAGUACCUGGACAAGAAGGACCUGGGCAGGUGUGCACAGGUGAGCAAGACAUGGAAGGUGAUCUCGGAAGACGAGGUGCUGUGGUACAGGCUGUGCCGGCAGGAGGGGCAUCUGUCCGCCAGCAGCAUCUCCGACUACGCCUGCUGGAAACACAUCUUCCAGGAGUGCCGCGCCAAGGAGCAUACGUUAAGGACCAACUGGAAGAAUCGUAAAGGAGCCGUGAGCGAGCUGGAGCACAUCCCCGAAGCCGUGCUGUGUGACGUGCAUUCCCACGAUGGCGUUGUCAUCGCCGGAUACACCUCAGGGGACGUGAGGGUGUGGGACACGCGCACCUGGGACUACGUUGCCCCCUUUCUGGAAUCAGAGUAUGAAGAGGACGAGCCAGGCCUGCAGCCUUAUGUGUCCUUUGUGCGGAUCAACAACUCGCUGGCUGUCGCAGCCUAUGAGGAUGGAUGUCUCCAUAUCUGGGACCUGCAGGCAGGGAGGUAUCCUAUCCACCGGUUCGAGCAUGAUGCAAGAAUUCAGGCCCUGGCCCUGAGCCCAGAGAAUGCCACAGUGGCCACAGCAUCCGCCUUCGAUGUCAUCAUGCUGAGUCCCGACGACGAGGGUCACUGGCAGAUCGCUUCGGAGUUUGAAGUUCAGAAACUGGUCGACCACCUGAACAUAGUCCCAGGCACUGGGAGGUCUCCCGUGGCCGUGGCCUCUGCCGGUGAUCUGGUCUACUUGCUGAAGGCUGAAGACUCACCCCGCACCCUGCACUAUGUCUACGGUCAGCCGGUGACCUGCCUGGAUGUCUCGGCCCAUCAGGCGGCUUUUGGAGUGAAGAGUCUGGGCUGGGUGCACGAAGGAAACAAGAUCCUGCUGUACAGCCUGGAAGCCGAGCGCUGCCUCUUGAAGCUGGGAAAUGCACUGGGGGACUUCACCUGUGUCAACCUCAAGGACAGUCCUCCCCAUCUCAUGGUCAGUGGCAACGCAGACAGGAGGGUGCGUGUCCAUGACCUCCGCAUGGACCAGAUGGCCCUGUCACUGUCAGCCCACCAGCUGGGCGUCUCUGCGGUGCAGAUGGACGACUGGAAGAUCGUGAGCGGUGGCGAGGAGGGCCUGGUGACCGUGUGGGACUAUCGCAUGAGCCAGAAGCUGUGGGAGGUGCAUUCCAGACACCCAGUGCGGCACAUUGCGUUCAACAAACACAGCCUCAUCACAGCCAACGUGCCCUACGAGCGGGUGGUUCGAAACCCUGAGCUGGACAACUUUGCCACGCACCGGAGGCACCGCGGCCUGAUCCACGCCUACGCCUUUGCCGUGGACCAGCUGGCCUUCCAGAGUGUUGUGCCCAUCUGCCGCGCAGCCUCCGACUCCGUGGCUGGCUACACCUACGACAUGGCACUGGCCUUCCCCUCUGACAGCUCGUAGGGCCAGUCAUGGGGUAGUGGUGGAGACACUGAGCUAAGCCACGGCCUGUUUAUUCUGGGCUUUCCCCUCUCCCCACAGCUUUGAGCACCAUCCACCAACUCCUCCUUCCUUCCUUCCAGCUCUGGGUGGAUCGGAUCCCUGGUCCUCUUUCCCUUUUCCCCAGGCUAGUCUCUGCCAUUAUGAGAGUUAGGGACCAAAGGAGGGGACUUUUCCUGCCCCCAAAUAAGCCUUAGUACAGUGUUUUCUGAGGUUUCUACGGUGA